AUGUCCUAUAAUUAUAACGAUAACAAAGAGUAUUCAGAAAGUAAUAGAAGACCGUCAAGUUCUAAAAAAAUGAAUAUCCAAGGUGGUGGUGGUAGCGGACGAUUUCAAAAGAAUAGUUUCAAAAAUAAUUCAAGAGGUAAACCUCAAUUCAAGAGAGGUAAUCAAUUCGAUUCAAAUGGAUCGAAUGAUAAUAAGAAAAGAGUACGACGUAAUGUUGAUGAACAACGUAAAGCACCAUCAAGGUACUCAUCUUCGUCUCAAGAAACCGAUAUGAAUAGUCUUGCCGCAUUGCGUACCUCACGUUAUGAAGGUUCUCAUUCUCAAGGUACAAGUAGACAAACGGAUUCAAGAUAUCAUAACCAACGUGAAGAUGUUAAACAACUACCAAAUACAAAAUUUUUAGCACAACUACCAAAGGGGCCAAGGGCUUCCUCAUCUAGCGCAUCUCGUUAUUCUAACAGUAACAAUAGUCAUGAUAAUACCAAUAAUUCACUACAGGAUAGAAAAUCACCAAUACCUAUGGGCACCAGAGCCCAAAUAAAAAAUCAACCUUCAAGGUAUAGAAAGAAAAUUAAUCCAACUUAUAUUAUCCAAAAACGUACUUCAUCAAUAUAUGAUAGAAUAUUACAAGUUGGUGAAGGUACAUAUGGUAAGGUGUAUAAAGCAAAAAAUACAAAUACAGAUAGUUUAGUAGCAUUGAAAAAAUUAAGAUUACAAAAUGAGAGAGAAGGUUUCCCGAUAACUUCGAUUAGAGAAAUUAAAUUAUUGCAAACAUUUGAUCAUCCUAAUGUGGCAACCAUUAGAGAAAUUAUGGUAGAACAAAAUCGUAAUAUAUAUAUGAUAUUUGAAUAUGCAGAUAACGACUUAGGUGGACUUCUUCUUAACAAAAAUAUUACCAUUUCGGAUGCUCAAAAGAAAGAUAUAUUAAAGCAAUUAUUACAAGGUUGUGAAUAUUUACAUAAAAAUGAAAUACUGCAUAGAGAUAUCAAAGGUUCCAAUAUAUUAGUUGAUAAUAAUGGUGUUCUUCGAAUCACUGAUUUUGGACUUGCCAGACGUAUGAUAACCAAUAAUGAAGAUGAUAUAAUUGUUAAAAAUGACUAUACAAACAGAGUGAUCACGUUAUGGUAUAGACCUCCUGAAUUAUUAUUGGGUACUACAGACUAUAGUAGUGAAGUGGAUAUGUGGGGGUGUGGUUGUUUAUUGGUGGAAUUAUUUGUGUCUGGUGCAUUAUUUCAAGGAACAAAUGAACUAGAACAAUUGAUAUCUAUAUUUAAGAUAAUGGGUACCCCAACUUUAGAAACUUGGCCAAAUUUAUUUGAAAUGCCUUGGUUUUUCAUGAUGAUACCAUUAAUACAGGAGAAAUAUGAAGAAACAUUUGAUCUUAAAUAUCAAACAAUGUUACCAAGUUAUGAAUGUUUUAAGAUGGUUAAAGGUUUAUUGCGUUACAAUCAAAGUACUCGUCUGAGUGCAACAGAAGCAUUAGCAAGUCCAUAUUUCACAGAGAACCCACAGCCUGAACCAUUAGUUCUGAAGCCAAAUGAUGGUACACUUGGUGGUUGCCACGAGUAUGAGAUUAAACUUGCCAGAAAACAACAAAAGGAUAAAUCAAAAUAA